UGAGUCAUCCGGCAUACUAAGGGCCCUUAGCAAGCGUCAUAGCUAACGGAAUAUAGUCAAGAUACUAGUUGUUUUAAGAUUUAAUUCAUUUGUUUUUGGGGAACAAAAAAGAAUAACCAUGAUUAAGGCAAUUUUGAUAUUUAACAACCAUGGGAAGCCGCGGCUGAUCAGGUUCUAUCAGUAUUUUGCAGAGGACAUGCAGCAGCAGAUUAUUCGAGAGACUUUCCAUUUGGUGUCUAAAAGAGAUGACAACGUUUGCAACUUCUUGGAGGGUGGAAGUCUCAUUGGCGGCUCAGACUACAAACUGAUCUACAGACACUACGCCACCCUCUACUUCGUCUUCUGUGUGGACUCGUCUGAGAGUGAGCUUGGCAUUCUGGACCUGAUCCAGGUGUUUGUGGAAACGUUGGAUAAAUGCUUCGAAAAUGUCUGUGAGCUGGACCUCAUCUUCCACAUGGACAAGGUCCAUUAUAUCUUGCAGGAGGUGGUGAUGGGAGGAAUGGUGCUGGAGACCAACAUGAAUGAAAUUGUUGCCCAGGUCGAGGUGCAGAACCGCAUGGAGAAGUCAGAGGGAGGUCUGUCGGCUGCACCUGCUCGCGCCGUCUCCGCCGUGAAAAACAUGAACCUUCCCGAGAUUCCGCGCAACAUCAACAUUGGAGACAUCAAUAUCAAAGUGCCGAGCCUCUCCCCGUUCUGAGGAGCCAUGCAGCUGAGCUCUGCAGGGCCAUUGUACUACUGAUGGAGACCCCCUCCACCCAGCUCUGCUGGUAAUAAAAGAAAACUGUUUUUAUAAAUGUAUCAUGGAAUCACAGCAGCUUCAUCUCCCCUCUGAAUGGAAGAAAAGACGUCUUAUUAUUGUGUCCUAUUAAAUUCAAGUUCCAGAUAACUCCAGAUAAAGGAUUUGGACUAUACUGGAAAAGUUUGAUUCUAGCAUCAAGAGUAAUAUUGAUAUCUGCAUAUUUCAUGCUGUAUUUUAUUUCUCCAGUUCUAACCAAAGGAAAAAUCAUCUGUGCUAGAUCUGUUUGUAAAUUCUGGCAAACGCUUCCAAAUCUCACACAUUCAUCACUGGUCCGCGUUAACUGUAAUUACUCAAAACACAUCUUUAUCUUCUUUUCCAAGUGUGUGUUCAUACACACAGGGAUGAAACUCCCCUGCUCUUGGCUCUUGUUUUCCUUCUCUGUAAUGAAGUCCAACAUCCUUGUGUUUUGUGAAUAACAUUAUUGUUCUCUGAUUGUGCUCAGUGCAGCAAAUGUGAAUACUGUUAAAGCCAAGUUUUAAUGUGCUGUGGUAGGAUUUGCCAACAUCUGUUCAGUGAAAACAGCAGACAAAGACCUUUUUUGGAUAUUUAUGUGUUUGUAUAAACUGUUUGUGUAAUAUUUUUGCUUUAAGGAUCAGAUCUUUUAUGCCCUACUCUUGUGUUAAAAACAUUCCUUGGUAAAUAUAUUAAAGAAAUGUAAUUAUGAA